AUGAAUCGCGGACAGUCGUCGGGGAGUCUGAAGGACUCUAUCAGCUUCUUGGAGAUCCUCAAGAAGCAAAUCGACGCGAAUUUGCAGCAUCACAAACCGGGCGACUGCCCUCUGACAAAGAAGGACAUUCUUGAUCUUGGCCAACUGCAGAAAGAAAUUGAUUUUCAAGAGCACGUACAGUCGGUUGGGAUCACGUGUGCCCAGCUCUUUCACAACACAGCGCCAGCAAUCUUGUAUGAGGAAGCGUUGAAGAAAGAGGCAGGUUCCUUGAUAGCGAGCACUGGAGCAUUGUGCGUCUCAUCAGGUCUGAAGACCGGGCGGUCUCCUGCGGAUAAGAGGAUAGUGGAGGAGCCGUCGUCGAAGGACGAUGUCUGGUGGGGGAAGGUUAACAUCCCCUUUUGCGAGAAGUCUUAUCUCGUGAACCGUGAACGCGCGGUGGACUAUCUUAAUCUGCAGGAUCAAUUAUACGUUGUGGACGCGUUCGCGGGGUGGGACCCUGAGUACCGGAUUAAAGUCCGCGUGAUAACCACGCGAGCAUAUCACGCACUAUUUAUGCAAAACAUGCUUGUGAUGCCGACGUCUGCGGAGUUGGAGAACUUCAAGCCGGACUUCACUAUCUAUAACGCUGGUUGUUUCCCAGCCAAUCGAUACACAGAAGGUGUUACAAGUCAGACCUCUGUCGCUAUGAAUCUAGGCGCUGGAGAGAUGGUGAUUCUUGGAACGCAGUACGCCGGGGAGAUGAAAAAAGGCAUUCUGACUUUGAUGAUGUACCUUAUGCCAAAGCGGGGUCAGUUGCCCCUUCAUUCGUCCUGCAACGUUGGGCCCAAAGGCGACGUCACACUUUUCUUCGGUCUCUCUGGCACUGGAAAAACCACACUGUCUGCAGACCCGGCGAGGCAAUUAAUCGGCGACGACGAGCACGUGUGGACGGACAAAGGCGUUUUUAAUAUCGAGGGUGGUUGCUAUGCAAAAUGCAAGGACUUGUCGAAGGAGCAAGAGCCUGAAAUUUGGGAUGCGAUCCGGUUUGGCAGCGUACUCGAGAACGUCAUCAUUGAUGGAACGACGCGCGUAGUUGACUUCCGUGACGUUGCAGUCACUGAGAACACUCGAUGUGCGUAUCCCCUCUCCUAUAUUCCAAAUGCUCUCAUUCCUGCUAAAGUCGACACGCAUCCGUCCAACAUUAUUUUGCUGACCUGCGACGCUUUCGGAGUUCUCCCGCCGCUGUCAAAACUGACCCCGGAGCAAGUCAUGUACCAUUUUAUUAGUGGUUACACCAGCAAGAUGGCGGGAACGGAAAUCGGCAUCCUCGAGCCAACAGCUACCUUUUCUGCGUGCUACGGGGCGCCUUUCUUGGCAAUGCAUCCUAUGGUCUACGCUGAAAUGUUGGCCAAGAAGUUGAAAGAGCAUAACGCGAACGCGUGGCUGCUGAACACUGGUUGGAUUUGCGGUGGCUAUGGCAUGAGCGAAGGACGGCGCAUUCCUCUCAAAUACACCCGCCUCAUGGUCGAUGCAAUUCAUGAUGGCACCGCGCUGCAGACUGAAUAUAAAACGAUGCCUGUGUUCAACCUGGCCGUGCCGACUUCGAUUAAAGGUGUCCCAAGUGACCUUUUGUCGCCUCAAUCAUGCUGGACGGACGCGACCAAGCUGGAUAAACAGGUUCAGAAACUGGCGUCUCUAUUCAUCGAGAACUUUAGUAAUUACACUGAUCGUGCGACUCCGGAGGUUGUUGCUGCUGGUCCUAUUCUGUAG